GUAGGCGACGCGCUGGUAGAGCUGCGGACCUGCCAGCCUGCGAGGCGGAGGACGGGCUCCAUCUCUUAGAACCGCCUACGGCGCAUGCUCUAUGGGGUCAACUGGGGGGCUGGCAAGCGGCCGCGCUGGUCUGGGGCGGAGUCUCCGAGGCACUUCCCGGUGGCUGGCUUCUCUGAUUGGCUGAACAAAUAGUCCGAGGGUGGUGGGCACCCGCCCUCCCGACAAGGCAGACCAGGCCCCCUGCAGGUCCCCUAUCCGCAUCCCGGCCCCUGAGAGCUGGCACUGCGACUCUAGACAGCGGCCCCGCAGGACAGCUCCAGGUGAGAGUGCCGGCGCCGCGGCGCUGCCAGGUGCGGGUGCGGCGUGGAAGCUGGUGCCUCCAGCAAGGGGAGGGUCGCGCCCCGAGGCUCUGCCGGCCGGCAAGACCCUCUGCGUUUGGACCCAGCGAGUCUUGCCUGGGGUGCCUGCGGGUGCUUUUUCUGCGGGCGUUGGCUCAAGGCAUCUGCCAAUCAACCAGGGCAACUUCAGAGAGCAACUUCAGAGAGAAGCCCACUCUUCCCUGGGCGCUGUCCACUUUCCUGGACAGGCGCGGUCUCCGAAUGAAAAUGCGGUUCUUGGGGUUGGUGGUCUGUUUGGUUCUCUGGACCGUGCAUUCUGAGGGGUCUGGAGGGAAACUGACAGCUGUGGAUCCUGAAACAAACAUGAAUGUGAGUGAAAUUAUCUCUUACUGGGGAUUCCCUAGUGAGGAAUACCUAGUUGAGACAGAAGAUGGAUAUAUUCUGUGCCUUAACCGAAUUCCUCAUGGGAGGAAGAACCAUUCUGACAAAGGUCCCAAACCAGUUGUCUUCCUGCAACAUGGCUUGCUGGCAGAUUCUAGUAACUGGGUCACAAACCUUGCCAACAGCAGCCUGGGCUUCAUUCUUGCUGAUGCUGGUUUUGACGUGUGGAUGGGCAACAGCAGAGGAAAUACCUGGUCUCGGAAACAUAAGACACUCUCAGUUUCUCAGGAUGAAUUCUGGGCUUUCAGUUAUGAUGAGAUGGCAAAAUAUGACCUACCAGCUUCCAUUAACUUCAUUCUGAAUAAAACUGGCCAAGAACAAGUGUAUUAUGUGGGUCAUUCUCAAGGCACCACUAUAGGUUUUAUAGCAUUUUCACAGAUCCCUGAGCUGGCUAAAAGGAUUAAAAUGUUUUUUGCCCUGGGUCCUGUGGCUUCCGUCGCCUUCUGUACUAGCCCUAUGGCCAAAUUAGGACGAUUACCAGAUCAUCUCAUUAAGGACUUAUUUGGAGACAAAGAAUUUCUUCCCCAGAGUGCGUUUUUGAAGUGGCUGGGUACCCACGUUUGCACUCAUGUCAUACUGAAGGAGCUCUGUGGAAAUCUCUGUUUUCUUCUGUGUGGAUUUAAUGAGAGAAAUUUAAAUAUGUCUAGAGUGGAUGUAUAUACAACACAUUCUCCUGCUGGAACUUCUGUGCAAAACAUGUUACACUGGAGCCAGGCUGUUAAAUUCCAAAAGUUUCAAGCCUUUGACUGGGGAAGCAGUGCCAAGAAUUAUUUUCAUUACAACCAGAGUUAUCCUCCCACAUACAAUGUGAAGGACAUGCUUGUGCCGACUGCAGUCUGGAGCGGGGGUCACGACUGGCUUGCAGAUGUCUACGACGUCAAUAUCUUACUGACUCAGAUCACCAACUUGGUGUUCCAUGAGAGCAUUCCGGAGUGGGAGCAUCUUGACUUCAUUUGGGGCCUGGAUGCCCCUUGGAGGCUUUAUAAUAAAAUUAUUAAUCUAAUGAGGAAAUAUCAGUGAAAGCUGGACUUGAGCUGUGUACCACCAAGUCAAUGAUUAUGUCAUGUGAAAAUGUGUUUGCUUCAUUUCUGUAAAACACUUGUUUUUCUUUCCCAGGUCUUUUGUGUUUUUAUAUCCAAGAAAAUGAUAACUUUGAAGAUGCCCAGUUCACUCUAGUUCAAUUAGAAACAUACUAGCUAUUUUUUCUUUAAUUAGGGCUGGAAUAGGAAGCCAGUGUCUCAACCAUAGUAUUGUCUCUUUAAGUCUUUUAAAUAUCACUGAUGUGUAAAAAGGUCAUUAUAUCCAUUCUGUUUUUAAAAUUUAAAAUAUAUUGACUUUUUGCCCUUCAUAGGACAAAGUAAUAUAUGUGUUGGAAUUUUAAAAUUGUGCUGUCAUUGGUAAAUCUGUCACUGACUUAAGCGAGGUAUAAAAGUACGCAGUUUUCAUGUCCUUGCCUUAAAGAGCGCUCUAGUCUAACGGUCUUGUAGUCAGAGAUCUAAAUGACAUUUUAUCAUGUUUUCCUGCAGCAGGUGCAUAGUCAAAUCCAGAAAUAUCACAGCUGUGCCAGUAAUAAGGCUGCUGCAAUUAAUUUUAUCAAACCUAACUGUGACAGCUGUGAUUUGACACAUUUUAAUUGCUCAGGUUAAAUGAAAUAGUUUUCCUGAGUCUUCAAAAACAAAUUGCACUGAUAAAACAAAAACAAAAGUAUGUUUUAAAUGCUUUGAAGACUGAUACAUUCAACCAUCUAUAUUCAUGAGCUCUCAAUUUCAUGGCAGGCCAUAAUUCUACUUAUCUGAGAAGCAAAUCCCUGUGGAGACUAUACCACUAUUUUUUCUGAGAUUAAUGUACUCUUGGAGCCAGCUACUGUCAUUAUUGAUCACAUCUGUGUGAAGCCAAAGCCCCGUGGUUGCCCAUGAGAAGUGUCCUAGUUCAUUUUCACCCAAAUGAAGUGUGAACGUGAUGUUUUCGGAUGCAAACUCAGCUCAGGGAUUCAUUUUGUCUUAGUUUUAUAUGCGUCCUUAUUUUUAAUACAUCUGCUUCACGUCCCUAUGUUGGGAAGUCCAUAUUUGUCUGCUUUUCUUGCAGCAUCGUUUCCUUACAAUACUGUCCGGUGGACAAAAUGACAAUUGAUAUGUUUUUCUGAUAUAAUUACUUUAGCUGCACUAACAGUACAAUGCUUGUAAAUGGUUAAUAUAGGCAGGCCGAAUACUACUUUGUAACUUUUAAAGUCUUAAACUUUUCAAUAAAAUUGAGUGAGACUUAUAGGCCCAAA